AUGUCAGGUGUACCUUGCCGUGAGGUCCUGCAGGCAAUGAAACGAGUCGAUAUUCAGAAGUUGUGCAAAGAAUACGGCGUAAAGGCGAAUCUCAAAACAGAAGCAUUGAUAGACCUUUUACUUGAUGCAUCCCAACCCCUCCCCUCCCGAAGCAUUCUUCCGCAGCCGCCUCAGCGAUCUACAUCUGUCAAAAUAAUAAUUCAACCCGGUGAUAGACCUCGCGGGCGCUCUAGUGGAUCUGUAAUCAUUCAUGAUACCGACGAAGAAGGAGAAGGAGAAGAAGCUAUCGGAGAAAUAGAAGUGGAACAGCAGCCGGAAGAACACAAACCUCUACCGGCCCCUGUUGAUCCCACCCCGAGAACGCGCAAAGCCAAAGAUACCCAAUAUCGUCUUGGUGUUGGUCGACCAGUCAUUGCCGGAGGUGUCUCAAGAGGGAGCAAGAGGGCGAAAAGCAUGAAAAAUGUCAAGCCAUCAGAAGACCCUAUUGCUGAAGCAUCAGAACCAGCAGGACUGAGCGACUCUUUUCCACUGCCCGAGCCACACUCCAUACCACUACAGACGAUUACCGCAGGCAUCACAGAGCCUUCGUCCUCACAAUUAGUUGAGAACGCAGUGGCUGCAGCUCUUGCUCCAGUACAAAAGGAACUGGAGGAUCAGAAAGCUCAGUUAUCUGAGUUAAGAGAUAAAGUCUCGGGCAUCAUCGAGACAUUCGAAACACGAAUUUGGGGCCUGGCGGCGGAGAUUGAACGCCUACGUGCACAAGCAUCUGGACGUUGUACUGCUGAAAUUCAGAGACCCAAUGAGGCUCCCCAACGAAUACCAAAUCCUCCGUCAACCCCAAAACGCGUACGCAGUCCAGUCGAUCCUCUUGGCGAUGCUUUGCCAGAGUCGUCAGCAACUUCUAGCGAUUCCCCGAAUCCCAAUGGCUCACUCAGUCAUCAAGAGCGAGAAGCAGAUAACCCGAACCAGGGGGGGUCGCUCCUUCCUGGCUUUCGUACCGUUCUUGGGAAGCGUCCUCGAGAUUCUACUGCCAGUACUGCUACUGCGUUUUUUGAGCUUGGACAAGAGGAAGAGCUUUCUGAAACUGAGAUUGCGAAGAGAAUUCCUCGGCCCGCUCAGAAGCGUGCUAAAUUAAGUUCCUCUGCCAUUACUGAGGACGCAGAUGACUGUCCGGGCUUGUCGUCAGGCGCACAGGGAAGUCAAGACACCCACCCUGGCCCCUCACAACCCUCCCCAAGACCUGGUUUCCCCGUAUUUGGUGAUCCUGAUUACGUAGAGAUGCCUCCGCCCACAGACAGCCUCCUUGAUUUCUUCGCACCACCUUCACCACCUUCACCUCCGUUGAUGAGCGUGUCCACCACUGCGCCAGCGCCUCCAGAUACUUUCCGUUUUGGUUAUCUGCCUGCAUCCACUCCAGCUCGUUUUACUUUCGCUACUGCAAUGGGAACCUUCCCACAUCCAGAACCCCCGACAUCCCCAUCGCCAGCAAAUAGCGCGGAUCGGCCACGCAGUCGUCAGUCAGAGCACCGCGGGAUUUUCGGACAUCGCCGCGGUAGCUCUGGAACGACCGGCAGGAGUGGGUCAGGCGGACCGACAGUUGGACAAGAAGGUGGUCUAAAUCCCUCGAUGUGGGCUGGCGGUAUGCAGAGACAGCCAUCCAGCAAUGAAGUGGCUUCGGGCUUGGGACUGACUGUACUGCGCACUGCGGCAACGGAAGAGGGCACUCCAGUACCUCCCGCACGCCGUACUAUGUACGGGACUGAGCUAGAAGGGGAUACUCGGUUUGGUGAUUUUGGUGUUGAGGGUGUAGCGACUGGCUUUUGGGCUGGAGGAAGGCGCUGAUAAUUUUAUCGUUUCGGACAAGUUUCGGACCUUUAUUUUACUUUUACUGUCGGUUUCGACUAUCUACCUUUCAUCCUAAUAUACUUCAUUAUCAUUCGUACACACACUGCUCUGUCAGUUGAU